AAUAUAUCAAUUUAAGUUGAAUUAGUAGAAAAAAUCCAUUCCAGUUUCGGCUAGUGUUUGUUGACUAUUACAUAAUUAUUAGUAACAUUUUAAAAAUGAGGUUUCCACUUGUCCUGUUUUUCCUGCAAUUUUCGUUGUUAUCAAUUCACAGUGAAUUCAGUCAACAUCGCACGGAAAUUUUAGCCGCUGACGGUUCCUACGUUCUUCACUGGUCGAUUGAUUAUGUCGCCAAAGUCGUCCGAUUCAACGCCACGGUGGCGACGAGAGGUUACGUCGGGUUUGGAAUUUCGCCUUCGGGUGGCAUGACGGGAGCGGAUAUCGUGAUUGGUGGUAUUUUUGAGAAUGGAACGGCUUAUUUUUCGGAUCGACACGCUGUCGGGGAAUCUCUACCGAUCGUAGAUAAGGCGCAAAAUUGGGACCUUCUCAACGCCACCGAAACCACUGAUGGUGUGACUACGUUAAUUUUUGAGCGAGCCUUUAACACCUGUGACGACGAGGAUGUUGUUCUUUCGAAUGACACAACCAACUUCAUCUGGGCUUACAGUCCGACCAACAGUGAUGACGUUGUGUACCAUACGUCUGGUUUUAGGGGGACCUUGACAGUACAACCCCUUGACCCCGAGGUGCCCCCACUUGACCCUGGUCACUGGUCACAGUACGAUAUCAAGCACACCAUGACGAUGCCAGACGCUGACACAACGUAUUGGUGCACGAUUCAUAGAAGUCCAGUUUUCACAGAGAAGCAUCACAUCGUUGCGUUCGAACCUCUCCUCACCUCCUCGGAAGCCAUAGCUCACACCCACCACUACAACAUCUUUCGAUGCACUCCACCCGACGGGGUCGACGCGGAAACUUUUUUCGGACCCCAUGUCGACGCCGGGGUGGGAGGAGAAUGCUACGUGGCGCAACCCGAAGUGCCUACGGCUUAUUGUCAAACGAUGUUUUACAAUUGGGCGGUGGGUGGUCGGACACUAGUCCUUCCCCCGAAUAUCGGAUACCCGAUCGGCGAAACGGGUAACCCCGUGGACUACUACAUGUUCGAAAUCCAUUACAAUAAUCCAACUCGUUUGCAAAAUGUCACCUUCGAAACUGGCGCGAUAAUUUAUUAUACGCCUGAACUGCGCCAACACGACGCCGGGUUGAUGGUUGUGGCGCACCAUACUUCGUUAUCCUUGACCGUACCACCGAAUUCGACAGGCUUCAAGACGGCAGGACAUUGUGAUUCGGCAUGCACGGAAGAAUAUCUGCCAGAAGAAGGGAUCAAUGUUUUCGCAAUUUUUUUGCAUGCACAUUUGUCUGGGCGCAAAAUGAAAUUUCGUCAAUUUCGUGGUGAUCAAGAACUCCCUUGGGCAGCAAAUGAUGAUACGUACGAUUUUGAAUUUCAACAGACCCGACCUUUGUCGAAGGAAUUGAAAAUCUUGCGUGGAGAUCAUCUCACGAUGGAAUGCACUUACGACACGACGUGGUACGACCAGAGUAAAGUCGUAAUUGGAGGAUUAUCAACAACAAAUGAAAUGUGCCAAUCCAUCUUUUGGUAUUAUCCUAGAGCAGAAUUGCGAGACUGCAGAAGCGAGUAUCCGACUGAAGAGAUUUUUGCAAAAUUCGGGAUCGAGUCCGCAAAUCGAUCCACCCCAUACGAAGACGCCAUCAUAACGGCACCCACAUCCUUGGCCGGUAUGUCUUACACUGAAGUGCUAAAUACUCGGGUGGAUUGGACUUCCGAAUUGCGGAAAGCAAUUGAACAGGAUUCUUUAACCCGACCACACGUUGGGGUUUGUUGGACGGCCAGUGAAACUAAAAACAUUGACCAGAUCGGAUAUCCUUCCGGAAUUGUGAGGGAAUAUGCACCUCGAGACGAGUGUAAUUCCAGUCUGGCGAACAGAUUAGUGUUGACGGUGCCAAUUUUUCUCGGGAUGAUUUUUUCUCUAAUCGAGAUUGUUUAAUUAGUGAUGGAUCGACAACGUUUUUUGGAAUAAAUGAUCAUCUCGAUAUGUACAU